AUGGACCGAUACUGGGCUGCACAGCUGGAGGUAAGCAGCGGGACCUCUAAACUAGCCUUAAUUAACACCAAACCCUCUUUGGCCUUACAGCCGGAAGAAGCCAACAACUCCGAGGAAUUCCUCUCGGAUGCGGAGAAGACCGCCCUGGAUCUGAAAGACCCCAAUCGGCCCAGAUUCACUCUGCAAGAGCUGCGAGACGUUUUGCACGAGAGGAACGAGCUGAAGUCAAAAGUUUUCCUGCUUCAAGAGGAGCUUCUGUAUUACAAGAGCGAUGAAUUGGACGAAGAAACACGAUCUACUCAGUCCCCAGCCAUCCUUCAUUCCAAACCAUUGACUCAGCAAGAAUCCGGCAUCAAACGGCUAUUUAGCUUCUUCUCCCGCGACAAGAGACGCCUGCAAGCCACCCAGCGAAACACCUCCUUCCACGGCUCUUUCGGCGAGUGGGCGGACCGGAACAAAGACGACGUCUACACCGAACAAGGUUUAGAAGCUCUGCAGCACCUGUGACCCGAACCCAGACCGUUCAUUUGUACCGAUGCGCCAAACGCAGAAACAUGGAAGCCCUCGUGUGGCAAACGGCGCCCAUCCACCCAUCCGACUUCCAGGUCUUGCGCUGUUGUCAGCACAGGGUGAGGGAAAGGUGCAUUAAACCAGAAUCCGUGCGCCAGGUUCUUCCUGUAAGCAACAGAAUCCCAGUCUGGAUUUGGGAAGCAAAUCGGCCAUCGUUUUGACUUCGGCUGACUUGCGAGUGAACAUCACAUCACCAAUGCUUCCUUUUGUCUAUCCCCCUCUCCCAAAAAAGGAAAUAAAAGGGAUUUAGUCCAUUCCUGAACAAAUGCACUGCUUAAGGACCGACGACCAUUGUUCCAGGCGCACCUUAUUCAAAGGGAUUUUUUUUAAAAAAAAUAAUAACAAUUUUGUUCCGCUCUUCCUCUCUGCUUCCUCCUGCUAAACUUUCUGCUUCACAGUUCCAGCAGUUGUUGUUGUUUUUUUCCUCUCCUUUUGCAGAAAUCUUCUGGAAAUGUAUCCAAGGCGAAAAGUUCUGGAGAGAGGUGACUUUUUAAACACAGAUUUGGGAGGAGAUAUAUUUUGAGUGGCUUAUUUAUAGUGCCUCCAACGUGAUGUCCAGGGAAACGGUGCCUCGUGUUUUGCUUUGAAUUCUCUUGACACAGUGAUGGCAACCAAACGGUUUAAAUCUAUGCUAAUCCUUUUUUUUUUUCCAGUUAUGAUUGUUGCCAACCUUGUAGCAACAAAUGCUCCCCCCCCCCUUUCUGUGUGAAGGCAAUUGCUUCAAUUCAACACGCCAACUUCAGUUUUGACAGUUCUGGAAACAGACCCACCAGCCGCUUCUGAACAGAGGUCCCUUCUCUCUCUGGAUGAGAUCAAAGCUGCCUUGAAAUUGUUUAAUUGGCCUGAAUUUGGUGCACGGUAGACGAUCGCUCAGCGCUGUAAUUAGAAAUAUGAACAUUGAGGAGCAACAGGAAAUAACGAAAGGGGGUUUGUUCCCCAAACCUCAGAGAAAAAAAAAGCGGCGUUUUUUCAGACUUGGCAAUUUUAAAAGGUGUGGAUUUCAACUUCCAGAAUUCCCCAGCCAGCAGGAAAUGCUCAGGACAGUUCUAAUCACAUCCAAAUAGCCCCUUUUGAAUUUGAGAUGCUUUGCACACAAGUUAACCCUUUACUGAUUAUCCCCACCCUCUGUAUUCUCUUAAUACAAUUAUCUGGGAAGGGGUGUCCUACUUUAGCAACUUUAAGAUCUGUGGACUUCAACUCCCAAAAUUCCCCAGCCAGGAAUUAUGGGAGUUGAAGACCACAAGUCUUAAAAUUACCAAGUCUAGAGUAAGAGCAAUCAUACCACCACAGGAUACGCAAAGAGAUUCUUAAUUUUUAUUCAAGAUUCAGGGUGUUAGAUAGUUAAAGGCAAUAAACAAGGUUUGGCUGGGACUAGUAUAAAGAUCAAUAUCGAACUGUAGAACUCUUUUUAAUAUGCUAAAUAAACUAUUUCUGAAUUAA